GCAUGGGGGUGAACGCCGUGCACUGGUUCCGCAAGGGACUGCGGCUUCACGAUAACCCGGCGCUGCGGGAAUGCAUUCAGGGCGCCGACACGGUCCGCUGCGUCUACAUCCUGGACCCCUGGUUCGCCGGCUCUUCCAACGUGGGCAUCAACAGGUGGCGAUUCCUGCUUCAGUGUCUGGAGGAUCUUGAUGCCAAUCUACGGAAACUGAAUUCACGUUUGUUUGUUAUUCGUGGGCAGCCAGCAGAUGUUUUCCCAAGACUUUUUAAGGAAUGGAAUAUUGCAAAACUUUCCAUUGAAUAUGAUUCUGAACCAUUUGGGAAGGAAAGAGAUGCAGCAAUUAAGAAGCUAGCUACUGAAGCUGGAGUGGAGGUCAUCGUUCGAAUCUCCCAUACAUUAUAUGACCUGGACAAAAUAAUAGAAUUAAAUGGAGGCCAGCCUCCUCUUACUUACAAGCGAUUCCAGACCUUAAUUAGUAGAAUGGAACCACUGGAGAUGCCUGUGGAGACCAUAACCCCAGAAGUAAUGGCAAAGUGUAGUACUCCAGUUUCUGAUGACCAUGACGAGAAAUACGGUGUCCCAUCACUUGAAGAGCUGGGUUUUGACACAGAUGGUCUGCCUUCUGCAGUGUGGCCAGGGGGAGAAACAGAAGCUCUCACACGAUUGGAAAGGCAUUUAGAACGAAAGGCUUGGGUGGCGAACUUUGAGAGACCACGAAUGAAUGCAAAUUCCCUUCUGGCAAGCCCUACGGGGCUGAGCCCAUACCUCCGCUUUGGCUGUUUGUCCUGUCGUCUCUUUUAUUUCAAGUUAACGGAUCUGUACAAAAAGGUAAAAAAGAACAGCUCCCCUCCCCUCUCCCUCUAUGGCCAGCUGUUAUGGCGUGAAUUUUUCUACACAGCGGCAACUAACAAUCCACGGUUUGAUAAAAUGGAGGGGAAUCCUAUCUGUGUUCAAAUUCCAUGGGAUAAGAAUCCUGAGGCUUUGGCCAAAUGGGCAGAAGGCAGGACAGGUUUUCCUUGGAUUGAUGCAAUUAUGACACAGCUUCGUCAAGAAGGUUGGAUUCACCAUUUAGCUCGGCAUGCUGUAGCCUGCUUUUUGACUCGAGGUGACCUCUGGAUUAGCUGGGAAGAAGGAAUGAAGGUCUUUGAAGAACUCUUACUUGAUGCAGACUGGAGUGUGAAUGCUGGAAGCUGGAUGUGGCUGUCCUGCAGUUCCUUCUUUCAGCAGUUUUUUCAUUGCUACUGUCCAGUGGGUUUUGGCAGAAGAACUGACCCAAACGGGGACUAUAUCAGGCGUUAUUUGCCAGUACUUCGAGGUUUCCCUGCAAAAUACAUCUAUGAUCCUUGGAAUGCCCCAGAGAGUGUCCAGAAGGCUGCAAAAUGCAUUAUAGGCGUUAAUUAUCCCAAACCAAUGGUAAAUCAUGCAGAGGCAAGCCGACUCAAUAUUGAGAGGAUGAAACAAAUCUACCAGCAGCUUUCACGAUACAGAGGACUGGGUCUUCUUGCAACAGUGCCUUCAAAUCCAAAUGGAAACGGAAACGGUGGCCUAAUGAGCUAUUCACCAGGAGAAAGCAUUUCUGGCUGUGGUAGUACAGGAGGAACUCAGCUGGGAACUGGUGAUGGUCAUACAGGUGUGCAGCCUUGUGCCCUGGGAGACUCUCAUACGGGAGCAAGUGGAAUUCAGCAGCAAGGUUACUGUCAAGCAAGUAGUAUCUUACACUAUGCUCAUGGAGACAAUCAGCAACCACACUUGUUACAAGCAGGAAGACCGGCCCUUGGUACUGGCAUUAGUGCAGGGAAACGCCCAAAUCCAGAAGAAGAAACUCAGAGCGUUGGACCAAAAGUCCAGCGACAGAGCACAAAUUAAACUGGUAAGAUCUGAGACACCUUAAAGUUAUCCUGUUCAUGAGUAAAUUCCUGUACAGAUUUUUGUGUCUAUGAUGAUAUUUGUAUCACUGCAGUGCAAAGGAUCCUAACUUACUGCUGCACAUACUUCCGUUCCAGGUACUGUACAAAUGAGCAGUACAAAGUCCUAGCUCCAAAUUGCUUACAAAGUCUGAGAUGGGAAGUAGUUGUAAAAAUUGAACCAGACCCAAGAUGAUCAGACACAGCUCGAGGCCUUAAUGAAAGGGAUAUGGAUAAACCAUGGUUUCACAGAGCUGCUUAUGUAGCUUCUGUUACUCUGCUCCUACAUCUCACCUUAAGUCAUGCCAGCAGCACCAUUUGUGCGAAUGUAUGGUGAUGUGAAUCGGAAGACUAGCACAACUUGAAAGGCUCAGGAUCUGGAUUAGAGUUUUAGAUGUACAAGUGGACUAAGCAAAACAUGGUUUAGAGAGAGACUGCAGAAAACUUGCAAAAUGGUGAUGUAAUUAUUGCGUCUGAAGAUGUAGGGACAAAAAGGAUUUGAAGACUUGAGUGUUUGCUGUUGGUCUCUAAGCUAAGCAGGAUGCUCAGACUGCCAUUGUCAGGACAAGCUGUGGUGAAGAAUACUUGAAUUUGGAAAAGGAGACAUUACUAGAUAGAGCUAUAUGAACAGAUGUGAAAAUGUGUAGAUAUUUUGCAGUAAAUUGGGAAGAGUCUAAUGUGUGAAAUCGUCAACAUAGAGAAGAUGAUUGGAUUUUGUGUUUGGAUAAAGUUACUUAGGAAGAGGAGAGAGAAAAGAGAAGGCCAAAUAUAUUGCACUCCAAGAGUAAGGAAUAUAACUGAAAGACAAAAAGUAAUUACUUAGGAAGACAGCUAAAGAAUGGAUGGAAGGCUGCCUGAAAUACCAGAGGAUGAGAUUUCAAGACAAGACUCAUGGCUGCAUAGAUUAAAGGUGACCAAGAUGCCUUCUCUUUCACCAAGAAAAAAAAGAUGUUGAUCAUUGUGGAGUUUGAAGAAUAAGUAAGAAUAGCACAUUAGGUGAGUUGAUAGCACAUGGAGAGUGAUUCUUGGUGGAAUCGCAAGAUAGGGACUCCGUGCAGCAUGUAUGGAAGAAGCUGUGUUCGUGAUCUCUAGAGACAAUCCACUUCACUUGGAUUUGACAACAAGAUCUGAUUUUGUCUAUGUGGUGUCAGCUCUUUGAAAAAGUUACUGCCGUGCUUUAUGAACGAUUGGGUUGUACUGACUUGAUUCAGUGAAGAACUACAGCAUUGUUUCCAUAAUGACUGUCACUUGAAGAAGUGAGCUGAGACCUUAGUGAUUAAUCCAUCUGCUGUUUUCUCGCAUACUGGAAGCACUGUAGGCUCAUAGUGAUUUCUGGUACUUGGAUGGGCCUGAGUGGAACAUAAUUCCUCCAAGAGAGUCCAUGUUUCAGUAGCUGUCUAACCCUUAGUAUGUGUAGAUUCAUACAGCAUCCAUGUUUUGUAUUGCAGAAUUCCUUAGGUGCUCGUGUCUGUGUAGAAGAAGUGCCUGCAGAGCGAACGUCUGGUUCCUGUCUAAGCUCUUUUUCAAUUGAGACAGGUUGGAGGGGUGAAAGAGUUUGGCAGAGAAGACAGAUUUUGUUAGGGGUGUCCAAAGCAUGCUGCAAAAGCAUUAGAGUCAAUUGCAAAAAUCAGCCAAGAUCAUACUCAAAAAGACUGCUGGCAAAAGGAUGAGUGCUUUCUGAGUAGCACUGAAGUACAGAGGCUGUUGGGUUUCUCUUUCUCUUUUUCUUUUUUGUUUUUCUUUUCCUUCCCCUUUUAGCCUCUAAGGAGGAAGAAGUAAGAAUUCGGAGUAUUUGGGCCAGUACAAAUGGGGGCAGGGCUUCCUGCACGGAGAAGGGGGGAAAGCAUAUCAGUUCCUUAAAUUAUUUCUGCCUUCUUCAAGGAAUCACAACAAACCCUUCAGGAAUAACUUUUUGUUUGUUUUCCUUGCAGCAUAAUUGGAAGAGAAGAUGAGACUCAAAGAACACACAGGCCAAAAUUCCUGCUACUCUCUAUUGGAACUAAAGUGUUGUGAGAGUACCUGUACUAAAACAGCAUACUUUUUCCUAAGUUGUUUUCACUUGGUCUCAGUUGUUGUAAACAGGUCCAUUUUUUGGAAUGCAUUAUUUCUAACUGGCAUUUCUAUGGUUUUUAACUUUUUAAUGACUUUCACAAAGGGCAAAUUGAGUUUUGUAUAUAAAGUAUUUGGUGAGGUAUUUGCUAACUUAAUGUAAAUAAAAACAUUCAUGAUUAGCGAUAGACCCAUCAAUAUAUUUUUGAUAAUCUUUCAUGUAUAUGGCAGUAGGAGAAGCUGUAGCCACGUUCUGUAAAACAGAUGGACAUAGGAGGUUUAAAAGUUUUGAAACUGUCAUUAUUUUUAGAUCCUGCAACAUGACCUCUGUAUGAUCAGCGUCGUACUUUCAUCAUGUAAGUGCUUAGGACUGUUUAAUCAAAUACAGUAGAGUUGUAACCCUCAUUAAUCACGUCUGUAUAUAAGUCAUAUGCCAACUUUUUGUCGAGUUGUAAAAUUUUCAUGUGUCUGUCUAGUCCUUGUAUUUCCCAGUUGCCUUGUUGGGUAAUGACAUACCUUGUUAAUAAAAGAGAAUUGUAUAUAUAGAUA